ACUUAACGUUAACUUUACGGCGAGGGUAGUCGAGCGACCGGUUAUAUUAGGUUCAGUAAGAUUCGCUUACUUAACCGACCGUUGUCGUUUCAAAUAAUUAUUUAUUCUUUUAAUAAUAAGACGGCGUGUAUGAAAAAUGACGAAUAAUGACAAGUGUUACCCUCCACCGCAAGAAGUGCAGGACUUUCUAUUUAAACAAGCGAGCACGAGUCAGGUGUGCGAAGAAUUUUCGGAUAUACCGAGAAAUGCCAGCCUUGUUGCAGCAGAUGGGAAACGCGGUUUGUUAUAUAUGGGACAUGAGAAUAAAUUGAUUGUUUUAAAGCCCAAAGCUGACGCAAGCCCGGAAUGGAAAUUUGAAUUAAAUUUGGACGACAGGAUAUAUAAGAUUGAAUUAAAUUGCGACUGUUCGUUAUUAGCUUUAACAUUCAAUCGUUUUAUGGCUUUCAUUUAUGAUAUUAGUUGCGUUAAUAAGCACAAACUGAAUUUACUGCAUAAAAUCAGAUUGUCGCCGAACAAUACGGACCUCAUUGUAUACGAUAUGAAAUGGAAUCCGGCGAUUCCUGAAAUGUUGUGUUGCAUUACUAGCGACCAUACGAUCAGUUGUUUUCAAAUAAGUAAAAACAAAAGCGAAAAUGUUCAAAUUGUAAGACUGGAAGGAUCACCGGAACUCGAAGCCCUUUGUGUCUCUUGGAGCCCUAAAGGCAAACAAAUCGUGGUGGGAUGCAAAAAUGGAAAUAUCAUUCAACUGAAACCUCAAUUGAAGGUGGUGAGACAUUUGUCAGGGCCUACUCCAAGCCAAGGAAUGAUAAUAUCAAUCUUGUGGGUUAGCAAUUACCAAUUCUGCGCCUGCUACUAUAAUUCCUCCGAACAAUGCGCCAACGUAAUGAUUGUCGAUGCACCCAAAGGCGUAACGGUUCCAAGAUUUACAAAUUACGAAGAUAUAACGUUCGGAAGUGGUUCCAUCGAUGACAUUUGUUAUUGUUUCGAACAUAUUGCAGAGUGGGGUAUAAUUAUUGCGGGAAGUACUCACAGCAGCGAAGUGGCGGUCUUAGGUACUUGCGAUAACGGAGGAUCUUGGAGUCUCUGGCAGCUGAUGGACGACAGCACCGUACAGUUACCCUUUAAUAGGAAGACAGAAAUUGAAAAUUAUCCCGUUGGGAUGGCAGUGGACAAAGCCAUUACACAAAAAUUGCAAUGGGGUACUGAAAAUACAUUGCCAAAUUCAGUUCCUGUUUUAAGAAUCUUAGCUACGAAUGGUCAGCUGUGCAGCUAUCACAUGGUAAAUUUGAAAGAUAACGCUGCAGCUAUUUGCACAUCGCCUGUCGAAUUCAUCCCAGCACCCGAGCUCCCAAGACCCAAUCUCGGAUCGUCGGAAGUUUCGUUUAAUUUAUCCACUGGAGCCACUAGCACGCCACGGGUAAAGCCAACUGUUCCCGAAAUCCAAGACGAGAGGCCAAAAUUGGCGACAAAUGUUUUCGGAAAUGCUUCUCCGAAUCCCGUCUUCUCCUUUCUAACACCUGGCAAUAAGGCACUACUCCCCCAAGUAGCACCCCAACCUGAAAUUCAAGUUCUCGGCCCUCCAGAUUCGACAGAAUUGAAGAUUGAAGGUAAAAGCGUUAUCCAAGGGGAUGUGAAAACCCAUCAAUUCCAACAGGAUAAGGCGCCCAAGGCUGUUGCGUCACAAGCAGACGAUCUAAUAGCAAAGAACAAGCAAAUUUUACCGACAAUUAAUACGCAGCCGGAAACGAAAGCCAUUGGAUCGUCACUGAAAGCCGAUAACAAAAUUGAGUUUAAGUCCCAAGCGGCAGCCUCGGUCGGCCAAACGGACACAAAGUCGACUAAGGAACUGCCAAAGGAGCUCCAUCAACAGUCAGCCCAGCAACAACCUCAGCAACAUCCAGAUAAUACGAAGUCGAAGGAAACGCCAACGUACGACGAUGGGAUUUGCCUACGCGCUUAUUACGAGGAACAGGCUCGAUUUGAAAAAGAGCUCAAGGGCAGAUUCGACUUGCCAAAUUGGGACUGCGGAACGGAAGAGGAGCGCAAGCAGCUCGUCAAAAAAUCCAACGAAAUCGAUGACUUCCUUCGGGAGCUGAGAGAAACGACCAACAGCCUCGCCAGCGACAUAGCCUACCUGAAAGCGUUGCUCCUGCAGUCGUUCGCCUGGAUCGAGGAGACAAAGUCGAAAAACUCGGCAAGCAGCAAUGCCAGCGUCAGAAGUCGCACCGAGGGUAACAAGCUCGCUGACCUCCAGAGGCUCUAUUAUUACACGCAAUCGCAGCUUGUCCAAGCGACGAAGGUGCUGGACCUGGAAUGGGCCGAGCACAACGAUCGCGAAAUAUCGCGAAUGAAGAUUCCCAGCUUGGAGAUGAUUUAUCAGAGCCUUCUCAGAUACACUCAGAUCAUCGAUCAAGAGAAGAAGAACCUCGAGGAGUUGACGAAGAAGUGGCGCAGCAUCGGCCGGGCGAACGGGACCGUCCUCGAUCAGUCGAUGGCCAGUCUGAAUAUCUCCCAGUCGUCGAGUUUCCAAGCGGACGAUACGGCCAUCGACUUGCGCUGCAAACUCAUUGCCAGCAAUACUCGCAAUCUCAGCCAGGAGAAGCAGACGAAGCUGCGGGAUCUGCUUACGGAAUCGAUGCCGGUGAUCAUCCGCGCGGUCAGGCCCACGGCUGUACAAGAUCGUCUGGAGGCGACGCUCUCGUCGCUGGCCUCGCUCAAGAGCGCCGAGGCCAGCCAGAAGACAAGCAAGGAGACCAAGUCUCCGGCUACCAAGGCAACCACUGGAGCGGCCAAACUCUCCAGUCAACAGGGCUCGCUCUCCUCGCUUAACAGCCUCGUCUCCGGGAUUAGCAACGGUGUCUCGCCCUUGAGCAAAUCACCCGGCUCCGUCGCGCCGUUCUCGUCCUUCGGUGCGAAACCGAAGCAUAAGGAGGCCGUGGCUCAGAUCGUUCUUAAUCAGCCAAAGAGCCCGAAAGAGGGCUCCAUCAAGCCUUCGGUUUCUAACGUGUCUCCUACCACUGUCGCCCUUACGACGAACAAGUUCACGAGCUUCGUCGCGCCAAAGUCGACGUCCAGCUUCGGCGCGAUAACCUCUAUCGCAGCAUCGCCCAAUUUUACGACCGUACCCAAGCUAGACACGAGCAUACCUUUCAAGUUCUCGGUUAAGCCCCCCGAGCAGCAGCAGCAGCAGCAGCAACCGCAGCAGCAACAACAACAACGGCAGCAGCAGCAACAACAACAACAACAACAACAACAGCAAGUGUCCAAUUCCUCUACAAGACUACCAGAUUAUAAGAAUGUGACCUUUGAGCACUUCCCGAGCAAGCCAUCUGCAGCGUCCGCAACCAAGGCCGCGUCAAGCCCUGUGGAGAUAGUUACCGUUUCCUCGGCCCUUGCAACCACGCCACUACCCACGGCUGCGACCUCGUCGAUCUUCAGUACAUCAUCAUUGCUCGGUGGCCUGAACUCCGCCACCGCACCAUCGCUAACCUUCAAGCCUGCACCUGCGGCCACGACCGCUGCACCUGUCGUCAGCUCUACCAAGUCCAGCAGCACUACAUCCGCGACAGCUCCACUUGUGAUAUCCUUUAGCAGUGCUGCCUCCACGACACCUUCCUUCACAUCGAGUUAUUCUGGUAUACUGGGAUCGACGGCCUCCAUGAGCUUUGGCCCGUCAGCCGCGGGAACAUCCAUCACACCGGCGUUUAGCAAGAGCUCCGGGACCACGGCCAGCAAUAUCUUUGGCGGCAGCACGACACCCGCGUUAAUUUUCGGGAAGGCGGAGAGCGCGGCGUCGACGAGUUCGCCGAGCGCCGGCUCGUCCAUCUUCGGCAAUGCGGCUGCGGCAACGGCCACCUCUGGGCCGUCGGCCUUCGAUCGACAGGCGACGUUGAGCAACGCAACCGGGAACAGCUUCUUCGGUACCAAGACGAUAACGGCUACACCAGCAUCCACGAGCUUGAUAUUCGGCGGCAGCAGCGGCAGCGGAGGCGGAGCACUGCCGAUUUUCAGCACCACCGGUACUACUGCGCCCAAAAGCAGCAGCACCACUCAAAGCAGCGGCACGAUCGUGCUCGGUGGUAUUGGUAAUACGACCCAGAGUGCCGACACUUCGAUAUUUAGUGUCAGUGGCAGUACGGCCCAAAGCCCCGGCGCCUCGAUAUUCGGAGGUAGCAGUACCACGACGCCAAGCAGUGGCGCCCAAGUGUUUGGAACCGGUAUAAUAACGCCAAGCGGCGGUGCUCAAAUAUUUGGUACCGGUGUCACCACCCAGACCAGCGGUGCCCAAAUAUUCGGUACCGGUGUCACGUCCCAAAGUAGCGGCGCUCAAGUAUUUGCAGCCGGUGUCACCACCCGGACCAGCGGCGCCCAAAUAUUUGGUACCGGCGUCACGUCCCAAAGUAGCGGCGCCCAAAUAUUUGGUACCGGCGUCACGUCCCAAAGUAGCGGCGCCCAAAUAUUUGGUGCCGGUGUCACGACACCAAGCAGCGGUGCCCAAGUAUUUGGUGCCGGUAUGACGAGCCAGAGUAGCGGUACCUCGAUAUUCGGUGGUACGAGCGGUGCGGUUCAGAGUAGUGGUGCCUCGAUCUUCUUUACCGGCAGCACGGCUCAGAGCGCCGGUACUUCGAUAUUCGGCAGUGGUCACGGCACGACGCAAAGCAGCAGCACGUCGGCGUCGUCGGUUUUCGGUGGCAGUGGGAUCAGCGGGCACGACCGUGACAGCCACGACCGCGACGACGACGACGACGGCGGCAACGACGAUUACUACGAUAGCGACGAUGACAACGACGAUGGCGACGACGACGGGGACGACGACGGGGACGACGACGACGACGACGCCGCGACGUCGAGUGCAUCGAUAUUUGGUAACUCGGUCGCCCCUGCCACGAGCUCCAUAUUUAAUCCAGGCGCGGUCGGGAGCGGCUCUUCCGUCUUCGGCUCAAACAACGCUCCCACUAGCUCGAUCUUCGGCAUCGGCGGCGUGGCCGCGCAGCCCACAGCCGGAGGUUUAUUCGGCGCGGGAGUGGCGGCUACGGGCGCGAGCACCGGCGGCUCCAUCUUCGGUGCACCGGCAGCCAUGGGUGCCGGUACGUCGAUGUUCGGUGGGACGGCCGCUGCAACCGGUACCGUAAUGGGCUCGUCCUCGGUAUUUGGCCAGCCCUCGACAUUCGGCGCCAAGCCGGUGUUUGGGUCGACGGGAGUCGACUUUGGCGCAGCCGCGAAGACGGGCUUCGCCACUGGAUUCAACUCGCCGCCGACUUUCAACGCUACCCCGGGUGCAGUAUUCGGAAGCCCGUCACUUCUUGGAACAGGAUCACCAGUAGCUGGCAGCAGUCCUAAUAAAGUUUUUGGCAGUAGCACUUUCGAAGCGUUGGGGGCCCAAUCGGGAGGACUCUCGUUCGAUAGCUUAGCUCAAAAGACUCCAGGAUCAGAGAAACCUCAGGCUUUCCAAGGAUCAAGUUCCUUCUCCAGCUGGCGAUAAUGUUAUACGUAAUUUUUAUAAAUAUGCUCGAUUAAGAAGUAGGCUU